GUCUUGGGGAGAACAUUGUUAUUUGUACGGUAAUUCUUCAGCGUGUGAAAGUUUAUGAAGUGGGUUGGCGGUAUGUCAAUAGCUGGCAUGUGAUAUCAUUCCUUUGAAUUUGCAACGGUCAAGAGUUUCUUAUUUGUAUAUUUGUUCAUAUGAAACGUUGUUUGCUGAGUCUAAUGGUGAAGAUCUCAUUCAGGCUAAAUUAACACCACAUGUGCUGGAGAAUAUGGUUUGAUGAACGAAGGUUUAUUCAAUCCGAUGAGUGUUGGAGUACUUGAAUUUUAGCAGGUUAGUAACAGCCAGUGAGGGAAAUAAUCGAAGUGUGUAAUGUGUGAGGAGAAUAUUCUAUCAUGAAGUGCCGAAUUAAUUUACUAUCGAAACAAAUUAUAAUGUGGUAGUUGUGGUUAUCAUUAAUUACGCGUUCCAGAGAAACGAUGAAAAGCCUAAUUCGAAAUAAGUAUUCGGAUUACCGCUGAUUGAUUCUAACAUCAACACUGUGGAUGUUCAACUAUAAAUACAGAAUACUAAAAGAAUCACAAAUAUGUGUUUAGAUGUAUUAUUCGUGAUUUGCAGCGUGAUUUCAACGGUUAAUUACGCUUUCAUUCGUGAAGCAUAUAGUGUAUGGCAUAUGUUUCAGCUUAAUUGGGCAAAUAAAAGUAUGUAAUGACAAAAUUGACGAGCGUGUGUGAUUCGGUGCCAGAUAAUCUUUUCCUAAAAAUAUGUUCAGUGAUGGAAAAUUUGAGCUUGACAUCAAUAUCAAAGACUCCAGUAUCUUUGAGGCAUAUGGGUUAUCGAAUACUUCGUCAAUGCUUAAUAAUGUUGACAUCACCAUGACUGUUGCAACUGACGAAAACAAUGCUACAAGAGACAACGAGAUUGCGUUCAUACUUCCAAUAUGGAGACAGAUUCUGUGGAGCAUACUCUUCGGUUGUAUGGUUACUAUAGCCACGGUUGGCAACAUGGUUGUCAUAUGGAUAGUUUUGGCCCAUAAAAGUAUGCGUACCGUAACAAAUUACUUCCUUGUGAAUUUAUCGAUAGCAGAUGCGAUGGUUUCGACAUUGAAUGUUACGUUUAAUUAUACCUACAUGCUGAACCUCGACUGGCCAUUCGGUAAUCUAUAUUGUAAAAUAUCACAAUUCAUAGCGAUACUUAGCAUUUGUGCGUCUGUCUUCACAUUGAUGGCAAUUUCUAUUGAUAGAUACAUGGCAAUAGUGAACCCUCUCAAACCACGAAUGGGUAGAAGGGCUACUCUUUGUGUAGCAGCCGUCAUUUGGAUCAUUGGAAUUAUUAUUUCAAGUCCAAUGCUACUGUUUUUCACCACAUACGAUUUUCAAGAUAGAAUAGUAUGUUAUUCUGAAUGGCCGGAUGGACCAACGAAUCAUUCGAUGUUAGAGUAUAUAUACAACGUUCUUUUUAUGUUUUUAACAUAUUUCCUACCAAUUGGAUCGAUGUCGUUCACCUAUGCACGAGUUGGCGUUGAAUUAUGGGGAUCAAAAAGCAUCGGCGAGUGCACACAAAGGCAACUAGAGAAUAUCAAAAGCAAACGGAGAAUAGUGAAAAUGAUGAUAGUGGUAGUCGCUAUUUUUGCCGUAUGCUGGCUACCGUUCCAAAUAUACUUCAUCGUUACAUCAUACUAUCCGGAUCUGACCAGCGAACCCUACAUUCAGGAAGUGUAUUUAGCUAUAUAUUGGCUUGCAAUGAGUAACUCAAUGUACAACCCCAUUAUCUAUUGUUGGAUGAACUCGAGGUUCCGACGUGGCUUCAAGCAAGUUUUCCGGUGGUGUCCAUUCGUUCAGAUAAAGCCGGAUAUUUUAAUACGUAGAGGAGCAGUCAAUUCCAGAUACUCUUGUUCAAGCUCCCCUGAUCACAAUCGAAUUGUGCGGAACGAUACAGAAAAAUCGUCCUUGUUCGCCAAUACAGACAGUGUCAAGUCACAUCAUAGAGGAUACGCAAUGUCAGCUCACAUUCCUAUGCAUUUAUCGAUGUGUCGACAUCACCAAGCAACUAGUUCAACUGGCUUUUUACCGAACCAUCCGCCAAGGAGUGAGAAUUUUCCAACCAGAUCAAACAUUAUGACAUAUACCAAAGGCCAUCAUCAAGUGUACUGAAAUAUGGAAGAGUGUAAGAAACGGGAAAAAAAUCUGCUAUUUAAAGGUGGCUUGUCCGAGGAAGCAAUCAUAAUUGAUAAAAACUUGUAACUGAGCUGGCAAACAUAUAUGGAUUUUCAGAAAAAAAGAUUUUGUGUGAAUAAAAAGAGCUAAUGGCACUAUGUAUUGCAUUCCCAAGUAUUGUCAUGCUGUAGAAAAUAGUAUUUGGAUGUAAAAAAAAUAGUUAUUGCAUCGUAUUUCAACUACCG